AUGAAAAAGUGGGUCACGCCGCACUUGAAAGUGAUUAUCAUUGGAAACUCUGGGGUGGGAAAAUCCUCCUUCAUGACCCGAUAUGUCAAUAAGCAUUUCACCAGUAGAUAUCGUGCCACAAUUGGGGUAGAUUUCCUCACAAAAGAAAUCACUAUCGAUAGCAGUUCAGUUAUUCUUCAGAUUUGGGAUACAGCAGGCACGGAGAGGUUCCGAUCCAUCGGCGGAACUUUGUACCGUGGGGUUCACUGUUGCCUCCUGAUGUUUGAUGUCACCUCAUCUGCUUCCUUCGCUGCUCUGGAGGGAUGGCGAAAAGAAUUCCUGGAGCAAGCGCAUCCUCCAGAGCCCUGCAGCUUUCCCUUCAUAGUCAUUGGCAAUAAAACUGACCUGGAGAAUCGUGAGGUGUCUCACAAAGUGGCAGUACAGUGGUGCAAUAAAGUGGGAGCUGAGUACUUUGAAGGUAGUGCCAAGGAGGACAUCGACGUCGACAAGGCUUUUUCCAGUGCAGCUCGUGCCGCACUACUUCAAUACAAAAAACAUGCACCAGAAAACGGAAGAGAAUUUCAAAUGACCAGCCAACAGCCAGAAAAAACUCCACAUGCCAAGUGUCAGUGUUAA